AUGGACUUUAACGGCGCGAGUUUCCCGACAUUGACACCACGAAUCAGCGAGCUGUAUGGGGCCAGUCGCUACGCAUUUCGUGUAGGAGAAGCAAGCGCUUAUGCUCAGGAUUUGUAUGAGCUUGAACACGAAGAGAAAGCACUAGAAAAUAUGAUCCAGGACUUGGUUAAUCGUCAAGCAUCAAUUCCAAUCGGCGUCAAUUUCCAUCGCGAAGGUACCGGUAAUGUAGCUAAGCUGGCAGGUACUGACGCUCAAGCUUUACAAGGUGAUCAAGCUCCAUUCGACUUAGAUCAAGCGCAAUCGAGCCCGUCAGAGGAAGAAGAUGAGGGUAUAGAUGAAGACGAGGACGAAAUGAUGGAUGAUGAAGAAGAAGAGAUGACAACUGGCAGAGAUACGAUUGUACGAGAAGUCGUGCCGCAGAGAGAUGAAGAUUCGUCUGGUCGUAGUAUUGACUCUCAGGACGACUCAAUGGAGAUGGAAGUGGAGGUCUCAUUUACAGAAACAACUUAA